AAGUGACGUGACGAAAGUGCAGCACUUAUUAGGCUCAAUUAAGCUAAUCAUUGGGCAGCAUACAUAUGCAAAAUGGGCACAACAAAAGGCAUUUGUUAUCGCCGCCUUAACUAUUUUUAACCAUCGUCCAAUUUACUGCGGUCGUAAAAAAAACUCUGCAUCAAAUUCAAACCGAGUACGUUUUUCCUCGACGUAUUGGGCGUCAGCGAGUUGGCAGCACCGAAAGCCAAUCUCCCUAUCUUGCUUGCCACCAACCUGCCAACUCGUUGCAGUGGGUUAUCAAACAGCCGGGCGAAAUUAUUAACGAAAAUUGUACGCGGAAGCAUUUAAUGAUUUCGUCGAUACAGUGACUAGACCUGCACCCCGCGAUCGCCGGCUUUCGAUCUAUAAGUUAAGUUAAUUGAAAUGAAAUUGCUGACAAAUGUCCGGAGGCUGCGGCCGCUGCUGGCGCUGCGCCGCCAAAGGUCGCAUGACGCGAAAACUGCGGUAGCGGAGGAGGCGCCAAGGCAACCGGUUCCAACCAGUGCCCAGCUCGACGAGCUGGAGCGGAAUGUGGAGCUCCGUCAGCACCGAAACAAUAUGCCGCUGAUACGCUCCCUCGUCAAGCAGGUGAAGGACGGCGAUCCGGACACUCUGAGCAAGCUUCACUCAGAGCUGCAGCAGCUGCCUAAUGCCACGCAUCCGCGGCUGCAGGACUACGGUGUGGAGCCGAGGGAGCUGGCACAGUACAUGCACAGGGAAUUGCCGCCGCAGUCCAACCUUAAAGAGUUCUCCGAGCUGGCCCGCUCUCUCAAUCUCUACAGGAUGGAUCAUCUGGGCAACUACACAGGCCACAAGAGCUAUUACCUCACCGGCCAACUGGCCAUGCUGGAGCAGGCCAUUAUACAGUACGCACUCCAAGCGGUCAUGGACCAUGGUUUCAAGCUAAUCUCUGUACCGGACAUUUUGCCGCGAGAAGUGAUCGAGUCCUGCGGCAUGCGCACGGAGGGCGAGCGCACCCAGGUGUACAAGCUGGACACCGGGGAGUGCCUUUCAGGCACAUCGGAAAUGGCGCUGGCUGGCUUUUUUGCGGGCAAGGAGCUGUCAGAGAAGCAGCUUCCCCUUAAAGUGACUGCCGUGAGUCGCUGCUAUCGCGCCGAAACGUCUGGACUGCAAGAGGAGAAAGGCAUCUAUCGGGUGCAUCAGUUCACUAAGGUGGAGAUGUUUGCUAUCUGCACGGCCGAGCAGUCGGAAGCCGAGCUGGAGGAGUUUAAGAACAUCGAAUUGGAUCUCUUUAGGCGCCUGGGCCUCAACUUCCGGCUGCUGGACAUGCCGCCGUGCGAGUUGGGAGCUCCGGCGUACCAGAAGUACGACAUCGAGGCUUGGAUGCCGGGCCGCCAAAUGUGGGGCGAGAUUUCCAGCUGCAGCAACUGCACUGAUUAUCAGGCAAAGCGGCUGGGCAUCCGGUACCGUCGCUCUAGCGACGGACAGGUCCUGUAUGCCCACACCAUUAACGGCACAGCGACUGCUAUUCCCCGAUUGCUGAUAGCCUUACUGGAGUCGUACCAGCAGGGCGAAAACAUUGAGAUUCCCGAUGUGUUGAGGCCUUUCAUGGACGGACAGGAGCUAAUCACACGGAACAAACGGAUACCCGAGACCAAGCUGGUCAAGUUCAUCAAGGCCCAAACCUAGCAUUUUUAUACUGAACUCUUGACUGUUAUGAUUAAAGCGCGCGGAAUAUUUUGAAGCACA